CCCGCGGCUUCCCAAAGCCCGCUCCUCUGGGCUCCUUGCCCGCGCCCAGGCUCUCCCGGCGGUCCUGUGCUCACGGAGUUCCUCCCUCCUCCAGCCUCCCUCUGUCACCGCUCCACUGCUCGCUCUGUCCCGCCCGUGGAGCCGCCUGCUCUCCAUACAAGCUUCUCCAGCGGCGGGACACCCCUCCAUUCCCCCGGGGCUGAGUGAAAUGUGCUGGGCCUCGUCAGGCAGUUCCAGGACUUUAAUUCAGUCUCCCGCGUGCUUACUGCAUCUUUCCAAACGUUUUCUGUGUCAGGGAGGUUUACGUUGGGUAUUAGGAAAAGGUUCUUCCCCCAAAGGGUGGUUGGGCACCGGAACAGGCUCCCCAGGGAAGUGGUCACCGAGCCUGACAGAGCUCAAGAAGUGCUUGGACAAUGCUCCUGAGCACAUGGUGUGACUGUUGGCGUGUCCUGUGCAGGGCCGGGGGUUGGAGUCAGUGAUCCUUGUGGAUCUCUUGUAGCUCAGGACAUUCUGUGAUUUAUUUCUCUAUCAGACCAGCCCCUUCCUCCUUUCUUGGCACACCUGCCUAAGACAGUUUUAGAUUCAUAAAAGUCUCACACAGGGUCUUUUUUAGGCUCCUUGAAAGACCCACACAGCACUGGGCUGGAGUGCCCUUAACUGGGGCAGGGAGAGGCACUCUCCUUGUCCUAGUCCCAUGCACACAAGCCUGGAAAGGAAAACAGCUUAGUGCCGUGUCUUUUGGAUUUGAUUAUCCUCUGUGCCAUGCAUCCUGGCUUGGCCCAACACAUGGCUGACUGACCAUUGCAUUGUGUGCGUGAUGGUACCUGGGAGCAGGAAGGACACUGCAUUUCUCUUUCUCAUCCUGAAAUUCCAUGUGUUUGAAUGAGUUUAGUGCUAGUGCAGUGUGCCCUUGGCUGUUUUUUCACUCCCACCCAGUGCUCUGACCCCUGCUUGGGUGACCUGUAGGGCCUGAGGUCACCCAAAUAUGCCCUCUCAGGCAUGACGUUGGCUGGUGGGCUUCCCUUGAGCUGUGCACAGGCAUGGGGUCUGUGUUCUUUGUGUCUCAGAAUCACAGAAUCAAUUAGGCUGGAAAAUACCUCUGAGAUCAUGGAGUCCAAGCCAUGACUAAACACCACCCUGUCAACCAGAGACCUUGGCACUGAGUGUCAUGUCCAGUCUUUCCUUAAACACCUCCAGGGACGGUGACUCCACCACCUCCCUGGGCAGCCCUUUCCCAUAUCGAAUCACCCCUUCUGGGAAGAAAUGCUUCCUAACGUCCAACAUAAACCUCCCCAUGUGCAGCUUGAGACUGUGACCUCUCAUCCACUAGUCUCCCUUCAGUGAAGCAUUAUAUGCAUGUGUAGCUCCUGGGCUUUAAAAUACUUUUUUUGUAAAUAAGCAGUGCUGAAAUUGGCUUGCAUAAGGAAGCCCUCCUUUCUGUUUUAAAAUAAAUAAAUAGAAAUAAGACAUAAGUAAAAAGGAAAUAAUUAGUAAAAAUAAGAAAAAAACUUAGAAGUACUGAAAUGCUAAUUUUGAGAUGAGUGUGAUGUUAUGGGGGGGGGGGAACAUGGAGGCUCCUGAAUGAUUCAUGUGCGCCUGCACAUGAAUCCUGAGUAUGGUCCUGGAUUUGUUUUUAUUACAGAUGAGAGACAUCAUGGAGGGUAGAAACAAGAAAUCCGAAGCACUGAUAUGACAUAAGUGAAAAAGUGUUUAUAAGACCCUGUUUGAUAAGAGAGAAAAGGAGCAAUUCUAUAGAUAGAUACCAUAACCUUAAGAAUGCAGUCGAUUUAUCAAAGAGUUGGCCCGUGUUCCUCAUGUUUGAAGAGACAACUAAAUGGUUUCCUGGGAUUAAUUAAAUGGCAAAGACUGAUUCCUGCUUGUGUGAGAACGAUUUACAGUGAGACGGGGAAAUGGGAAAAAAACUAUGGGUUGGAGACAAGAAAACAAGUUGAAAAUUGGUGGUUCCCAAGAAUAAAGGAUCAGUUCUGCAGAAUUUCAGAAACUGAUAAAUCAAGACCAAAAUUUUAUGUGCUUUCUAUGUUCCCAUAUCCUUCUGGGAAGCUUCACAUGGGCCAUGUUCGUGUCUACACCAUCAGUGAUGCAGUAGCUCGGUUCCAGAAAAUGAGAGGGAUGCAGGUGAUAAAUCCAAUGGGAUGGGAUGCUUUUGGUUUACCAGCAGAAAAUGCUGCAGUUGAACAUGGCCUUCACCCUGCAAGCUGGACACAAAGUAACAUUCAGCACAUGAGGAAACAGUUUGAUGCACUAGGUCUGUCUUUUACAUGGGAAAGGGAGGUAACCACCUGCUUACCAGAGUACUACAAAUGGACACAAUAUCUCUUUCUUAAGCUUUUUGAAGCUGGGAUAGUAUAUCAAAAAGAGGCCUUGGUUAACUGGGAUCCAGUGGAUCAGACUGUUCUAGCUAAUGAGCAGGUGGAUGACAAUGGUUGCUCAUGGCGUUCAGGAGCAAAAGUGGAGCAGAAAUACCUCAAACAGUGGUUUAUCAAGACAACUGCUUAUGCAAAGGCCAUGUUUGAUGCUUUAUCUGAUCUCCCUGAGUGGUAUGGUAUUAAAGAAAUGCAAGCAAAUUGGAUAGGUGAUUGCAUUGGGUGCUCUCUUGACUUCUUGCUGAAGGUUAAUGGCAAAGUAACAGAAGAGAAGCUAGCAGCUUACACCUAUACACCUGAAGCCAUUUAUGGAGCUUCCCAUUUAUAUAUCUUACCAACUCACAGACUGUUGCAUGGGAAUAGCAGUCUCAAAGAAGUCUUUCAGAGGGAGUUCAUCCCAGGGAAAGACUCACUUACUUCAGUGACAGCUGUGAAUUUGCUUACCAAUCAGGAGAUUCCUGUAGUCAUCUCAGCAAAAACCAAUUUUGAUAAUUAUCUUGAUACUAAAAUAGAGUUGUCCCAUGAAUCUGCCUGUCUUACCCUUUUCCUGGACGUGGAGCCUGAUCCCAAAACUGGGCAGCUAAGAAUUCCUAGUACUAGUGCAGAGGAUGCUGCAGUAGCUAAGAAUCUGGGCAUUUCUUUCACUGAAGUCAUUGAGACAUUGCCAAGUGGUUUGGAGAAAGUCAUUAAUUCUGCAGAGAUCACCGGCAUGACCCGGCAGGAGGCUUUAAAAGCUAUUACUGAGCAGGCCAAAAAUAAAAGAAUAGGUGGAGACCUAACGAGUGACAAAUUGAGAGACUGGUUAAUAUCUCGACAGCGCUACUGGGGAACACCCAUUCCAAUCAUUCACUGCCAGGCGUGCGGCGCUGUCCCCGUGCCUUACGAGGACUUACCUGUGGUGCUGCCCAAUGUGACCACGUUCACAGGAAAGGGAGCCUCACCUUUGGAAAGUGCCCCAGAAUGGGUGAACUGUUCCUGUCCAAGGUGCAAGGCAGCAGCACGGCGAGAAGUCGAUACCAUGGAUACAUUUGUUGAUUCUGCUUGGUACUACCUGAGGUACACUGACCCUCACAACACUGACAGGCCCUUUAAUAGUGACUUAGCAGACUACUGGAUGCCUGUGGAUUUGUACAUUGGAGGAAAGGAGCAUGCAGUUAUGCACUUAUUCUACGCAAGGUUCUUCAGCCAUUUUUGCCAUGAUCUAAAGAUGACAAAACACAAGGAGCCUUUCCAUAAGCUCUUGGUUCAAGGUCUUAUCAAGAAUCAGACAUUCAGACUAACAACAACAGGCCAGUGUUUGAAGAGAGAGGAGGUUGAUCUCAGUGGAAGUGAACCAGUUCACCUAAAAACUGGUGAGAAGCUCCAAGUUGCUUGGGAAAAAAUGAGCAAAUCUAAGUACAAUGGAAUAGACCCUGAGGAAAUAGUGAAAGAGUAUGGCAUCGACACCCUGCGCCUUUACAUUCUGUUUGCUGCUCCUCCUGAGCAAGACAUUUUGUGGGAUGCUAAAACUGAUGCCAUGCCCGGUGUUCAGAGAUGGCAGAUACGGCUCUGGGCGCUUGUAACCAAACUUAUUGAAGCAAGGACUUCAGGAAUCAUGCCCAAUCCUGAGCUUCUGAAUAAGAAAGAGAAGGCUGAAGCCAGAAGGAUCUGGGAGCAGAAGAAUCUGGUGAUUUCUGAGGUAACCGAGUACUUCACAAAGGAUCAUUUGUUCAAUGCAGCUAUUUCCCGAUUGAUGAGCCUCACAAAUGUACUCCAGCAAGCUCCUCGGCCUCUUGUUCUCCACAGCACAGAAUUUGAAGAUGCUUUGGCUUCACUCUGCAUUAUGGUUGCACCUAUGGCUCCCCACAUUGCAUCAGAGAUGUGGAAAGGUUUGGCACAUGUGCAGAAUAAACUUUGUACUCAUCAUCACUGGGAUGUUGAUGUUCUGCAGCAGUCCUGGCCCAGAGUAGACCCAGAUUACCUUCAGCCAUCAGAUGUUGUGGAAAUGUCUGUACUGAUCAAUAACAAAGCUUGUGGCAAAGUUUUUGUGCCUCAGCAAGCAGCCCGCAAUUUUGACGAAGUCCACGAGCUCGUUCUUCAGAGUGAACUUGGAGUCAAGCAUCUCCAGGGACGAGCCAUUAAAAAGGCCUUUCUGUCUCCCAGAACGGCCCUUAUCAAUUUCUUAGUGCAAGAAUAGUAAAGGCUCUGCUGGGCUGUAAAAGGGAACUGGAAUCUUUGGUGGAGGUGGAAACCAAUGCAAAAAGAGCAGUUAUGGUCAUUUCACUUCAUGUAAAGGUGGGAAAGAAAUCUUAUUAAAAUCAGGUUGCUGAUAAAUUUUCCUUUCAAUGUGGAGAAAUGUGCAGAAUUAAAUUUCUUAUUGAGUCACGGUAA